UUACAUCAGUCAGUGUAGUGUCAGGCCGAGUCCUCCCGCUCUGUCUCCUUUACUCCCUUAGUUGUGGCUUCUUCCCUGUGAGGACUGUUCAUUGAUACCUUUUCUUCUCUUCAGCCUUGAGGAGGAGUUGUUAAAGAUUAGACGAAUGUGAUGGGUGAUGUUAGUGAGGAUGAUCUUGAGGUUAUACGAAGUAUACUUGUGGAAGUGCAACUCGCUCAGUUUUUUACACGGAUACGUGAUGACCUACAGGUGACAAAGCUAAGUCAUUUUGAAUAUGUUCAUACCGAAGACUUGGAACGCAUUGGCCUUGGGAAACCUGCGGCCCGGCGUUUAUUGGAAAGCGUCAAGAAGAAAAGAUCGGCAGCAUGGAGACGAAACCUGGUGUCCAAGAUAUUGUCAACUGGCAGCUCUACCUUAAGUAAAAAUAAAUCAUUGCCUGUAGUCGAUGAAUCACAAAUGUCAUCUUUGACAUGCCUAAUUCAAGAAAAGGAUCUUGUUCAAGGUCGCAAGUUGGGUGAUGGUAGCUUUGGCGUUGUCCGUAGUGGUGAGUGGACUACUUCGAGUGGUCAGGUGAAGGAGGUAGCUGUAAAAAUAUUGAAACAGGAUGUAAUUAAUGUUCCUGGUGCACUUGAUGACUUCAUCCGGGAGGUCCAAGCUAUGCACCAACUUUCCCAUCCUAACCUGAUACAGUUGUUUGGCAUUGUUCUUUGUAACCCUUUGAUGAUGGUAACUGAGCUGGCUCCCCUCGGGUCCCUGUUGGAUCAUCUUCAUAAACAACUCAACCAAGUAUCUGUUACGUCUCUGUGCGAUUAUUCUGUACAAAUAGCGAAUGGAAUGAAGUACUUGGAGAGUCGGCGCUUCAUUCAUCGUGACCUUGCUGCCAGAAAUGUGCUAAUGGCAUCUGUAGAUAAGCUGAAGAUUGGUGACUUUGGUCUUAUGCGGGCAUUACCCCAACAAGAGGACUGUUAUGUGAUGACGGAACAGAAGAAAGUACCUUUUCCUUGGUGUGCUCCAGAAUCUCUCAAAUCCAAGCAAUUCUCACAUGCUUCAGAUGUGUGGAUGUACGGAGUGACAAUGUGGGAAACGUUUACUUUUGGAGAGGAUCCGUGGGUUGGGUUGAAUGGACAGCAAAUAUUAAAGAAAAUUGACCAAGAAGGAGAACGCCUUACUUGCCCACCUGCCUGUCCCAGUGAUAUGUAUGACCUUCUGCUGCAGUGUUGGUCUCAUGAGCCAGGUGAGCGACCAACUUUCACCCAGAUAUACGAGCGUGUGGCGGCCAUAAUGCCUCACGUUAUGAGGGCUUUGCAGAUGUGGGAUGAAGAAGGAAGACUAAAGGUGGAAGUGGAUGACCUUUUAGUGGUUAUUGAUGGCAGUCCUGAAAACUAUUGGUGGAAGGCUCAGAACCAGAGGACCUUUCAGAUUGGAGACUUCCCACGCUGCAUUGUUGAUCCUCAGAGACGAUUGGCUAACCAAGACAUAAGCCAACCUCUCCAGAACUCUUUUAUUCAUACAGGUCAUGGAGGAAUACGAGGAAAAACUUGGGGCAGUCCAGCCUUUAUUGAUGAUAUGUACCUCAGGAACCCAAUGGAACCUCCAGAUAAACUUGGAAAACCUAUGUCACCUCGCAGAGUCAAGCACCAGUCACUGCGCCUAAAACAAGGUCAGCGACGACAGUUUAACUACAACCGGUUAGUAAAUGAAAAGUGGCCAGAUGAUUUGCCUCGCUCUCACACUCUUCAAGCUCAGAAAAAAACACCGCAUGGAAGAGAUGAAGUCUUGAUAGAUCUGUCAGAAGCUGGACGGCAGAGAUCCCACUCUGUUACAGAUCUCAGAGGCAGUGGCUCAUCGGGUGUCACUAAUCAGUUAAGGGGCAGUGCCUCUUCCCUAAUUGACCUACCAGUGCCAACCACUACUCCAGUGUAUGGAAACAUCACUCCUGGAGUUGAUGAUCAAGGUGGUCAUCCAACAUAUGAGAAUGUAAGCAGUGCCUCACAUGCUGUUGCCAUGGGAGUGGCCCAGCAACCUCUCAGAGUACCUCUCCGUCCCUGCCCAAGCCCACCCAUCCACCAUUUACAAAAGAAACAACAGACACAAACUCAGAUUCAUAACCAAACAAAUGUUCAGCCUCUGAAUAAAGUCCAGAAUUGUGAGAAUCACCAACCAGACCAAGAGCAUCAUCGACAAGCACCACCCAUACCUACUGUAUAUUCUAACUCUUUUUGUGACUCGUACGAUGAUUUUGACGAUGACUCUGAUGAAUGGGAUGAUGAUUUUACAAGUGUGGGAGAAGACUCGUACUCGGCAGAGACCAAUACGAUAGUGGAAGCUGAUGAUCAGAGUGCAAGUGGUGCAGUCCAGUACAGCAGUGAUAUAAAUAGUGGAAAUAAUGAUCUAGCUGUUAAUGAAGUUAAUACUAGCAGUCAUCAUUAUUCUAGGACAAAUGAAGCUUCUGACCCAUUUGAUACAUCUCAUGUCAGAUGCUAUGAUGAGCCUCCCGUAGAGUUUCCAGAUAAUAGUUCAAACCUUGACAGAACUCUUUGCCAAGGUUCAUUAGGAAGUUCAUCAUCUGUUAGUCCCAAGGUGAACUUUCCCACAAGUAUUUUUUCAUUAUCAGCUAAUCAAUCAAACUCAGAAACAUGUAAUUCUUCCCCAGUGAACAGUUUAGUGUUUAGUUCCCCAGGAACAAGGGUCACAUCAGGUGAAUCCUCUCUCAUAAUCAGUUCACACAGUGGUACCUCAAGAACUCCAACAUCUGUGGCAGUUUCUCCAAAUAUAAAUUCUUUGCGUGAUUCAGUUGUGACUGGAGCGUCUCACAGCUCACAAUCUGUAAAAUCAAUCCAUAAUUAUUUCCAAAGUAGCCCCACUGUACAGUCAAGCAACAUGGCUGUAUCAACACAGGCCUUUCCUUUAAUAAAUAAUAAUUUAAAUGUAUCAGGGUCACACCCUACUCACGGUGCUCAUGAAAACAGUGAUGUGACGGAUAUAAAUGCACAAAUAAGCAGCAUGUGGAUCAGCUCCAUUUCCCAAUCGCCAAACUCAAAUUUGUUACUACCCAUCUCUACACCACAGGCAAGACCAACACCAAGGACAGGACAAGACCAUACACCCACGUCAAUGGUGUCUUCACCUUCCUCUUCGUGGCCUAAUAAACAAUUGGUGCAUAAAAAUCAGGGUAGACAGGUGGCAAUUCUUCAUCCUACUGUUUCAAGAGAAUCUAUGCUACAACCUGCUCAGAUGUCAUCCAUAGUGUCUUCAAUACCAACUCACAGUCCUCAGCUUGCCUUGCCAGCACCGCUGACUCCAACUACUGCUGCACUACCAAGAUUAGAUCCAGCUUUCAUUGCCGAAUUGGAAAAAUCCCUUGGAAAAGACCAAGUGUCAGCAAACAUCUUUACUGAUAAAGACAAAAAAAUUGAUAAUUCUUCAAGAAAUUCAUUUUCGCCUAGAGUUGCAGCACCUUGCCAAGGUGAUCGACAUUUUGGGGCUCAGAAUAUCCAAUUGCCAGCUCUUCCACCUCCACAGCAAACAAUUGGCUCAAGACAAACAAAUUUAGGUGUUGCAACCAUACCUAUGAGUGAAAGCCAGAGUAAUCUUAGACCAGAUACCAGGGUUCAGCAGGUAGAACCAAGUAGCAACAAUAGUGCCUUCUCAGACUUGGAUGUUCUUACCUCAUCAAAAACUUUAGGUGUGCUGCCUCAACAAAUAGUAGAUACCGGUCAGUUCUUCCCAAAAACUGCUCAUGUGCGACCCUUCAUGCAACACCCCCCAACCACAACAACCAGCAUGAGAGGUAUGCCUGCAAGGAGCCUGGGGAACCUUUCUCAGAAUCAACGCCCUACAGGAAGCAUAUUCCAGCAGAGCAGGAUCAUUUCUACAUCAGCAGUACACACAUUAGCUUCUAGUAUGCCUCAAAGUGAUGUUAGAAAUACUCAUGAGGAGAGAUGGUCAAGCCAGUUUGAGGGUAUGAGAGGCACUACUACAGCCUCCAGCAUGACUGGUGUUUCUCCAGGAUUCCAGAUGAGUUACAGAUGGCAACAACCACAACAGCAAGUACAGAUGAGUCAGAAGAGCAUGACAACAUCUGUCUCAGCUUCUGCGCUUCCGUGGGUCGAACAGCAACAGCAAAGUCACUAUCAAGGUUACAAUCAACACCACCAAGAUGGACCUGCACCUCAGAGCUCUGUAUUACAGCCAACAGUUGUUCUUAGUCCACAGUUGACUGUUAACUAUAAUCAGAUGGUGUGUGGUGGUGGGAGGAGCAGUAGUGGGGGUGUUGGUGCCAGUGGGGGAGAGGCUCUGGUUUGCCGUGUGGCUGCUGUGGUACCAGGGACUUCCGAGGCUGCUGCCCGCCAGGCACUUCAUGUAGCCAGUGGUGAUUACCAGGGUGCUGUACGCUUCUUAAAAAUUGAGAAGCUUUACAGGUUGGGCAUGGCAAGCAAAGACGAAUGUGAGAACAUCUUGGAGGCCAAUAGUUGGGAGCUGGAGCGGUCAGCAUCAGCUCUUCUUGAUAAAUAUGCUUAGGUGGAAUUCCUAGGAACAUGUGGCAUUCUAUAUAUUACUUGGGUAUUAUUUCCCAACAAAAACUACAUAUGGAAAGGACACAGAACCUAUAUGGAAGAAAGUUGUUAUAUUAUUGAGGACUUCCACAUCCGAACAAAAAUUACAGUAUCAUCUUCAUAAAAUCCAAGUAACUAAUGGACACACGUUAUACAUGAAUAUUCCAUGAGGUAAGUUUCUUAAUUUACUGUAAUCUUAUUUGUAUUGAAAUGUUAAUAUGGGAAACCUGUCCUUUUGGAUGAUGUGCUAUGCUUGAGUCUCUUGCUUUUAGUUUGUAGGACUUGUUCAUUGUUUCAUUCAUGAACAUUACAGUACUUCAAGUUUUCAAUUUAUGCCAGUGAUAAUGUGUUACUUUUUUUUUAUAUAUGUUGGAAGCCCAUAUUGACAGUUUUGAGGAUGUGUUUAAAAUUUCAUUAGUGUUAAGUUGAGAAGACAAGUACAGUAGUACCAUAUUUUUGCUCACCUUGGGGGAUUUAUUCAGGAAGGGUUUAGAACUCUUUUUUUUGUUUCUUGGGAACAUUGAAAAUCAAGUGAAAUGCUUUAACUCUCUUAAUAUGUUUGAGAUUAGUUACCAUAAGUUUCAGGAUUGGUGUUUCUAUAAAGGAAAACUCUCUGUCUAUAAUACUGUACAUGGGAUAAAGGAGAGCAGGCAGGUAUGAUUUGACAUAUACUGUAUUUCAUUCCUAUAACUGCAGUUAAUGUGAAGGCAAAACAAGUGAUCUGAUUAUUGUGUUCGUUUUGAUACAUUAAUACUACUUAAACUAGAAAAGUAUUGCUUAAACUACCGAACAAAAAACUGGACAUGAAAUGGUGCAUCUAGUUUUCUAUAAUCAGAGCCUUGAAAUUUACCUUAGAAUAUUAAGUGUACUCUACAUAUGUUUUUCAAUUUGUCUGAUUAUUUUAAGCUUUACUUCUCAGUUUAAGUGGUAUUAGUUUUAUGUAGGUUCACAAGGUUAUACAUCGGUGGGUGACUAGUCGUGAAGCAUGAGGCUGUGGAAAGCUAAGCAGUGGCAGAGCUGUGGUGAGCUACAGUCUGGGUAAAGGUCUGUUAGUUUUGUUUAAAUAUAUACAUACAAGUAACAUCUUGAAUCCUCAUUUUAUAUAUAUAUAUAUAUAUAUUUUUUAAUGUUGCACAUUUAGUUGUAAUAUGUAAGAAUUCAUAUAUUUUGCUAUUUAGUAAUUGGUAGUUGUACUUCUGUGAUUAUUGGAGGAUAUCCAGAUUGUUGCAAGUGAACUGUAAAUCAUUUGUUGAGCUCACACUGCACUUGGCAGUGGAAACUAUACUGUUCAUAGAGAAUGUGAAUGGUAUGACUACAUAUAUUAUCCUAUUUAUGAUCAUACAUAUGUACAUAUAUGUUCAUGCCUAAUUUUAAAGGAGGAGGAACUUAAGUAAAUGAAUCUCAAUGUCAAUUUAUGGAGGUGUAAUUCACAUAAUACUCAUUAUCCCCAUUUACUGCAUAUUAAUGUAUUUUUAUAUACAGUAUCAUAAUAUCCACUCAUACCACUGAGGGUUGAGUGAUGGCUAAUUCAAAGAUAAAGGAAAUACUUGGAGAAUUCAAACAAUGUGCAUGUUUUGUGGUACAAUAAGGCAUUGACAUUAUUGUAAAGAUAUAUACAUUUUUGUCACAUGUUAUAUAAUACAGUAUUUAAAAUCCAGAUAUUUUUGCUUCCUGUGUAACUGUAUGUCUCUCGGUCUGUAUCAUGGUGCCUUUUCCUGCAUUCAAGGCAUGACUGUGUGUGCAGAACUUUCAGGCAAUGUUAAAGUUCUGGUUGAAUUUCCCACUCAUGAGUUGAGAAUGUACAGUUAAGGAUUCACACUACAGGUGUCCCUCGCUAUAUGAAUGAGUUAGGUUCCUGAAAAGCCAUUUGUUAAGGGAAUUUUCGUAUAGUGUAUAAAAGAUCAAAUGGAAAAAAAAUGCUUCGGUUCCCCAAUAACAAGAAAACCCCCAAUAUCAUACCUCAAAAACAUGAAAUCGGUUCACAAACAACAAAACACCUACCUAACCAAUGAUAAAUAGUACACAACUACUGUAAUUUGCUGCCUAACACAUUAAAAACAUUAAUAAAAUACUAUUUAGACAAAAUAUGCAGCUAAAACCACUAGGGAAACACUUAAUGAAAGUUUAACACAGCCACCAUUUGCAUAGAUGCUGACUGUAUCACAUGUGGCAGCCCUCAAGCCUUGCCAUAGCAACCCAUCCCGGCUGGGGAUGCUCCCUCUCCCGACCCUCAGCAAUGCUCCUCCUCCCGCUCUCACAUGCAAAGAAAUGUUUAUUCCCUUUGUUUUUGACCUUAUGAUAGUUUUUUU